AUGAAAGCAAUCUCUUUGUCCCAAACUCAACAUAUUAAUCUCAUUUAUAUAACUAUCCUCAACUUGCCGGAAUUAAGACAUUACUUCUGUGAGAAAGAAUUGGCUUCUCUCUCAAACAGUUAGUCGAAAGCUGUUGACAUGCCGCCACUGGGUGUGCAGCUCUUUAUCACAGAACGUCAGGUGACAAUGGAUAAUGGCAUAGUCCAAGUCACUUUAUCAAACCCAGAUGGCAUAGUAACUGGAAUUCGAUACAAUGGAGUUGACAACGUGCUUGAAGUCCUAAACGAUGAAACUAACCGAGGGUACUGGGACCUCGUGUGGAGCUCAUCAUCGUCCUCAACUGGAUUGUUUGAUGUGAUAAAGGCUACAGGUUUCAAGGUCAUAGUGGAAAAUGAAGAACAAGUGGAGCUCUCCUUUACAAGAACAUGGGAUCUGUCUCUCGAGGGAAAGCUUGUGCCUUUAGAGAUUGAUAAAAGGUUUAUAAUGCUCCGGGGUUCAUCUGGGUUCUACUCUUAUGCUAUUUACCAACACUUGGAAGAAUGGCCCGGUUUCAACCUUGGUGAAACUAGACUCGCCUUCAAACUCAGAAAAGACAAGUUCCACUAUAUGGCCAUGGCAGACAACAGACAGAGGUACAUGCCGCUUCCAGAUGACCGUUCUCCACCUAGAGGUCGAGCCUUGGCAUAUCCAGAGGCCGUCCGGCUCAUCGACCCCAUCGAACCUGAGUUGCAGGGAGAGGUGGAUGACAAGUAUCAGUACUCAUGCGACAACAAAGACAGCGGCGUUCAUGGAUGGAUAUCCACCGAUCCGACAGUCGGAUUCUGGCUAAUCUCGCCCAGUAAUGAGUUCCGGUCCGGUGGACCCGUUAAACAGAACCUAACUUCACACGUCGGCCCAACCACCCUAGCUGUUUUUAUAAGCGCACAUUACGCGGGAGAGGAUCUGGUGCCGAAAAUCGGAGCCGGCGAGGCAUGGAAGAAAGUUUUCGGUCCUGUGUUUAUCUAUCUCAACUCCACUUAUGAUUCCUUCGACGCACUUCAGCUCUGGGAAGAUGCCAAAGCACAGGCAGCAAUCGAAGUCCAAAGUUGGCCCUACAGCUUCCCUGCUUCGGACGAUUUUCCAAGGUCAAAUCAACGUGGUAGUAUCAGUGGUAAACUAUUAGUCAAGGACAGCUACGUCGAUGAAGACUUGAUACCAGCAGGCGGUGCGUUUGUUGGCCUGGCUCCACCAGGAGACGUAGGAUCAUGGCAACGAGAGAGCAAGGGUUACCAAUUUUGGAGUAGAGCAGAUGAAAGUGGAAAUUUUUUCAUCGAUGGCGCGAGGCCGGGCGACUAUAAUCUGUAUGCAUGGGUUCCCGGUUUUAUUGGAGACUAUCGUUAUGAUGCUCUCAUCAACCUUAAAGAAGGCAGUGAGGUGGACAUGGGAGACAUAACAUACGAACCUCCGAGACAAGGGGCCACACUAUGGGAAAUAGGAAUCCCAGAUCGCUCCGCAGCAGAGUUCUAUGUUCCAGAUCCAAAUCCCAACUACAUCAAUAAGCUCUACCUUAACCAUCCUGAUAAGUUUCGACAGUAUGGCCUAUGGGAAAGAUACAGCGAAUUGUUUCCCGACUCGGAUUUGGUAUAUAACGUUGGCGUUAGUGACUACACCAAGGAUUGGUUCUUUGCUCAAGUCCCCAGGAAGAUUGAAAAUGGAACAUAUAAGGGAACGACAUGGCAAGUCAAGUUUGAGCUGGACAACGUAGACAACCAAGCAACUUAUAAGCUUCGGGUUGCAUUGGCCUCUGCUUCUCUCGCAGAAUUGCAGGUUGGAGUUAAUGAGGCCAAAGCAAAGGCAGUGUUCUCUAGCGGACUUAUCGGGAGGGACAAUUCCAUUGCAAGACACGGCAUUCACGGUCUGUAUUGGCUUUACAACAUUGACAUUCCAGGAAAUCGGCUGGUCACCGGCAAUAACACCAUCUUCUUCACCCAACCCAGAAGCACGGGCCCUUUCCAAGCCAUUAUGUACGAUUACAUUCGUCUGGAAGCUCCUCCACCUCCACCUCCAUCCUCCGCCCAUCCUUUGGAAUAAUAUUCCCCUACCACACGUCCUUCCCUUCCACAUCCUUAAUUCCCACCAUUUUCUUUCUUAUUUCGUAUUCUUAAUUUCGCUAAGCUAAAAACUCUACUCGUAUGGGGUAGGUCCUUUCCUAGAGGGUUAAGAAUGAGAUUCGGACUUGGAAAUAAUAAAGUUCGAAGCUACUACUAUCUCAUAUGUUGUGAAAAAUGCAAAACCAAAAAACGAUUUUAUACACAUCAUAUUAUUCAUUCCAAAA